UCGUUUUUAAUUAGUAAUCGAUUAGCUUGCCAAGCAGAGAAUUUUCGACGGAUCGGGAAAAUUAUUUUAAUAGGUGUAAAUUAAAUAAUAACAACAUAUAAUAUUGCAACAUUAGCUUAUUUAAUUGGCGAAUAUGUAAGAUAAAGCAACAGUGAAUAUUUUAAACAUAAAUGUUGAGAGAAAAACAAAAAUUUACCCGGAACUAAAGGAAAGCUGUUCGCAGUGGGCGGAUUAAGCCGCAUUAAUUUGUUGUUGAUAACAGGCAAUUGAAACAGAUUCAUUUAAUUUGACAAAAUGAAUGAACUUAAGGCACCCUCAUUGAAUUCACUGUUGGGUUCCGAUCGCGGUUCCACCGAUAGUCUGCUGGCCGAAUCACUGAUUGAUGUUGAAGAGUUGGAUGAUGUUGAAUACUCAAUACCACCACCGGGUGCAUUGCCCUCGUUGGAAAAGGUGUUGAGUGAGUUCGAAGAAGAUUCUGACAUUGCAUCAGAGUUGGGAAUACCAACACCCUCCAUUGCGGAGGAAGGCAGUGUGCGUAUGGGUGGUAUAGGUGGCGGGGGAGGAGGUGGAGGCAGUAUCAUGCGCUAUGCCAUGCUGCAAGGCGUCUCAACGCAAUUGACGUCUGCCAGUGAUCGUAUUGGUGCCGGUAUGGCAUCAUCCUGUGCUGUGUGUAAUCAUUAUUAUGCAGUGGGAACGUCACAUGGCCACAUACUUAAUUUUGAUGCAACACAAACUCUGCGCUGGGCCCAUCAGGAUAAAAAUGGUCAGGGAGCUGUUUCAUCGCUAUCCUUUAAUCCUGAGUGCAAUCGUUUGCUGGCUGGUUUUGCCCGUGGUCUGGUCCUGAUGUUGGACACCCAAACUGGAGAUAUUAUGCGUCAAUUAUUUGAUGUGGUUACACCCAAUACCGGCAUUUUACAUGUCAAAUGGACAUCUCGACCUGCCAUGGCUUUGGCAGCAGACUCCGGCGGUUCGGUGUGGUCAUUGAGUUUUACACGGAAAUUAGGUGUAAGAGGCUGUUCAACGCGCUGCCUCUUCAGUGGGGCACGCGGAGAAGUAUGUGCUGUAGAGCCUUUGCUAAGCCAAACUGGAGAACAUCAUGAUCUUGAUCAGUAUUGCAUUGUGGCUUUGGCAACAUUGUCUAAAUAUUUCAUAGUUACCAUAAGGCCGAGAUUGAAGGUGAUAAAAUAUCAUUUGUUACAAGGACCUCCCGAUUGUUUGCCCGUCUUGGCAUGGCAAAUGGUUCUUAUUCAAGCGGCAGAUGCCACAAGAUCAGUUGAUCCUGUGUUGGUGGUGGGCCGAGGCAAUCAAUUGUUCUUUCAUCAACUAUUUAUUUCACAUGGACGUAUAACGCUGCUGCUCUUGCGACACAUUACAAUGCAAACGAAUAUUCUCUCAGCCCAUUGGCUGGGCCCCAAGUGCGUUGGCUGUAUAGAUACCUCGGAGAUAUUACAUCUUUUGGAUGUAAGAUCAAGCAAGGAGUUGGAAUGUAUUGAUUUGGGUAAUGCCAGUAUGGUUUAUGGUUCGGCACAGUUCAAAGGUUUGGCCACGGGUGGUAAUGUUUCACCAGCCUUGGCAUUGGCGGGUACGCAUGCUUGUUACAAUUCCUUGGCUGCCCGCGGUGUGCAGUUGUAUGUCCUGGGAUCGAGGUCAAUGCAUUUGAUUGGUGUCCGAACCUGGAUGGAGAGGAUUACAUAUUUGGUGAAAAAUCAUCGCUGGCAGGAAGCCUGCGAUCUAGCCUUGGAUGGCUACAGGGCUGCUGGUGACCGUCCCAAACGAAAACUCCAGGCCAAGGAGAGAAUUAUAAUGUUAUUCAAAGAAUAUAUAGCAGCUUCGGCUCGUGCCCCAGACUAUUGCUUGGGCGCCAUAAUAAAAUGCCUCAUUGUCAUUGAUGAGUUGGAGUUGUUAUGGACCCAACUGUGGGAACGUUUGCAGAACAAAGAGCUAUUCCUCCAUCACAUUACCCAACACAUUGAAAACGAUGACAUACAUCAAGUUAACCCCAUAAUUUCACAAGCCCUCGUAGAUUAUUGGUUGAAAAUAUCACCUGCCAAACUAGAGGAUGUCAUACUAAAAAUGGAUUGGACAUGUUUGGAUUUGAAUCAAGUCCUAAAAGCAGCACGAAAGCAUAAAUUAUAUAAAGCACAAAUCUAUUUAAAUGCCAAUGCCUUGCAUGACUACACAAUGUCUCUGACCGAAUUGAUACCAUUGAUUGGUAGCGAACCGCCAGACUUGGGUAAUUGCCUGCUGGUGUAUAUCUCAAGUUGCUUAGCCGGUCGGGGCUACCCCCAGGGUGACAUACCCGAGGAGUUAAUACAAAAUGUUAAACAUGAUGUUCUGCGUUGUCUCACUUCGUUACAUUCCACAACAAGUGAACCUAAUGAAAUGCCAUAUCCUUAUUUAAGGGCCUUACUCAAAUUCGAUACCCGAGAGACAUUGAAUGUUAUCUCGUUGGCAUUUCAGGAAAAGGAGUUCAGUGGUGAAUUGGGCUAUUCCCAGCGCAAGCGAAUUAUAAAUAUUCUAUUGGAAAUUAUGACACCAGAAAAUAAUACCUGGUCCGAAAUUGGCUGCCUACUGAAUUUCAUUGCCCAGCAAAUAUCGGAAUCAUGUCUACCCUGCGAUACCCAGUUACUGGAAAAAGUCCUAAAUUAUCUUUCCAUGGAAUCGAUAGAAAAUGAAAGUUCCCGUCUCCACUCGGAACGUGAAAAUGCCUGGUAUGAAUUACUUGUAAAUAAUUGCCUCAAUGCCAUAAGCAAUGAUGAAGAGCAAUUGCAGUUGGCCAAAAAAGCCCACUGCUAUUAUGUCCAAGAAUAUCUUUUGGAAAAACUACAACGUUACGAUGAGAUCCUUAGCUGUUACAUUAGUAAUCCGCUGAGGCAUGAAACCAUGUUUGUGUAUAUGGAACGUUAUGCACGUGAAACAAAUCGGAAAAUUUACCAACAACUUAAACAGCAUUUAAGGAAAUUACUGGAAAUAGAUGGCAAGGAGACAACACGUAUUGUGGAUUUAUAUUUUCGUGAUAUGUUGGAGGAAUUGCUGCAGCUGUUGGAGGAUGAUGAACGAUUUUUGUUUAUAUUUCUCAAACAAUUACAGCAGAGGAAUGAUGACUUGACGGCGGAACAAAGUGAGAAGCUAAUUAAAUUCCUGUGUAAAUAUGAACCCAUGGAGGUGGAGGAAUUUCUCAAGGCCUGCAAUUGUUAUCGCAUUGAUGCUGCCUUGGAUUUAGUUAUGAACUACAAACUAUUGCCGGCUGCCGUAUUUUUGGCUGAGAAGCAAAGUGAUUAUAAAUUGGCAUUUCAUUUGGCAUUGGAAAUCCUAAAGAAUGCCUCGCCCGAGCAAAUGGAGGAAUGUGCAAAAUCGGUUUCGGCAUUAUGUAGCCGUUCUUCGUUGUCCAGCAAAUCCCAGCUUACGGAAAAGGAACGCGAAUCCCUGUGGUUUGAAUUGCUAAAAUACAUUUUGCCCUUGGAGAAUUUAAAAAACAUAACCAAAUCAAUGUUGCAUGAAGCCUCCCAACAUGUGGAUCUAACAAAUCUCGUCCAAUUGGUCAUGAACACUCAUAAUGUCUCGGGUAAUUUUGGUGACAUCAAAGAGUUACUAUUGAGUAUGCUAAAUCAAUCCAAAGCCGAAACAAAUGCCAUGGAAAUUGCAAUGCGUAUUUUGGAAAAAGAGGUGGCGGAAAAAUUCCAUCAACGAAAAAAGCAGGCAUCGCGGGGUUUACUCAUCACCAUGAUGCAGUGUGUGGUGUGUAAACAACGGCUGUACAAUCAAGCUGCCAUAAUAAUUGUAGGUUCCUGUGGUCAUGCCAUGCAUGGCCAAUGUUCGAUUGAAUUUCAACGGCAACACCACAUGAAAUUCGAAAACGGUGAUUAUGAUGAUGACAGUCCCUCCACAUCGUCGAGCAGUAGGAACAUAAGCCAGCAAUUGUCGAAUAAUCUAAUGGAAGAUGCCAUUAUAAUGCAAUGUCCCUAUUGUCUGUGCUGUAUCGAGGAACAGCGCAUGGCAAUGCCUGUGCAAUUAGCCAAGCCUAGUCACAAUGUCGUUAAUUACAAUAAUCAACAACUACAAAAUGCAAAUAAUGGUAAAUAUGCAAAUACAGCAAUGGCGUCGCCGUACAAGGAGCUGGGUGUUUUGCAUUUAAAAUCUCCACCUAGGAAAUUUUGAAUUCCUUCAUCUCAAAUGUGCAUAGAAACACUUAGACACACACGAACACUUUUUUAUGUGAUAAAAAUAA